AUGGGAGGUGGCCGCAACCCCCAUCGUGAAGAGCAAGUGAAGGGUCUGAACGUUGUCGCUUUGGCCCAUGGUAAAGCAGCUAUCCGUGAAAACGCGGGCCGCCCUCUGGUUAGGGACUUGGUCGCGGAGCUCUUGCGCCUGGAACUGACUGCCGCGCAGCGGGACAAAGUUUCCCAGCUCUCAGCCUCAUACGAGGCAAGCUUCGGGGAAGCGGGCGAGGGCCCCCAACCCGAAGCCAACGAGGACGCCGGCAGGGCAUGGAAGUUUUCGGCCGUGCAGCUGACCUACAACUCCUCUUCCGAGGAGUUUGGUGCACAGGACCUUGACGUCCUUCGCCGGCUGUUUGACCGCUUUGUGGUCUUCCUUGGCGGCCUUUCCGAAACGCUUGGCGCACAAGGUGUGUCGGCGACCAUGGAACGCGCCUCCCCCUUGCAGGUGCAUUUGCACGCCUACUUGCACCUCAAGAAGCCCUUCCAACGGCGUGGCGCCGACGCCCUGCGCCCCUUUGCCUUUGAAGGCAUCCGGCCCCACCUGGAACCUAACCGGGCUUCAGGCAAAGCCUUUGCAGGAGCCAUCCGCCUCGGCCAUUUCUACGUGGUGGCGGACAAGGUCGGCUCCUUGUUUCUUAGGCUGCACAAGUAUGGGCCCAUUUUUUUCCCUCAACGCCACUUUGCCGAGUGUGUGCGGCUGUGGCCUCCGAGGUUUAACUACACCACGUACCCCCCCUUCCAAGCUUAUGCUGUGGAAGGGUGGUGGCUGGACAACCUCCUCAAAGGCGGGAAAUUGACCCGACAAACUUACCUGACCUUGGCUGCCCAGGUCACGGUAGGGUUCCAGAAGAGGUUGGGGGACUGCAAGGCAGCGGAAAGGUACUUGCGAGAAGAGGCGGUGCGCGAGGCUGUCCGUGCGGCGGGACAAGCCCUGGCGCCGACCAAGCUGCCAAUGAAAGUUUUCCCCGAAGUGGAGGACUUUAUUGGACGUCACGAUGGGUCGCCUCAGUUUCGCCGCCCAGUGCUGGCCAUUGUGGGUGGGACGCGGCUUGGCAAAUCAAUGCUUGCCGCCAACAUCCUAGACCGCAUUGCCUGCCGGCUCGGGCUGCCUGGGUUUUUGGAGGUGACAGUCGAGGAGAGUGAGCAGAUGGACUUAGCCGAGUUUGACCGCCGCGAACAUGCGGGCGUCAUUCUUGACGGAGUUUCUGAUGCUUACUUUUUGAAAAGACACCGUGAGGCUUUGCAGGGGCGGCCGAAGGCGCUAAAGAGCGCAAAAUCAGCCACGAAUGUGUACGCAUACACGUACUCCUUUUGUGGCCGGGCUGUUGUUGCCACUUUGGACCUCUCUGCCGAGAAUUUAGAGGCUUUUGAUGAGGACCACUGGCUGCGCAACCGUGACAAUGUCAUUUAUCUGAAGCUGCAAGAGCCUGCUUAUAUCCUUGAUAAUGCUGUUGCCGCUGCUGCUCCGGCUGUCUCUUCUCCUGUCCCAGCGCGCGAGAACAAGCGACGGUGGAUUGCAUCGCCGGGCAAUGACGAAAACAUUUUUCAUUGA